UGGGAGAGUAGGUACUUAAUAAAUACCUUGAAUAAUGAAGAUUGUGAAAACUUAGUUCUCCAACCACUUCUGUAUCUAAUCAAACAACUUGGAGCCUGGCUCUUCUCUCAAAGUCCUCAGAAUUCUGCAUCCAUGAGUUUCCUCAUCUGUAAAAUGCCGUGAUCCAGAUUGCUUUUGCCACCAACCUGAAGACACAUGGAGGCAUAAGGACAAGAACCAUUCUGUUUGUUUUUGUGUUUUGGACCUUCCAUGCAUAUGGGAUUUUGAACUCGUCUUCAUCAUUCAUAUGAGGGAACCAGUGAUAAAAUUCUUGGAAUUACAAUGAGACAUAUCAGAAGUGUUUAUGUAUUUUGUAGUAUUGUUAUGUCAGUGCAUGGCUGGGCUUCAAAGCUGCCAGAAGAAAGGGAAUUGACUACCAACUGCUCCAACAUGUCUCUAAGAAAGGUUCCUGCAGACUUGACCCCAACCACAACCACACUGGAUUUAUCCUACAAUCUCCUUUUUCAACUCCAGAGCUCAGAUUUUCAUUCUGUCUCUAAACUGAAAGUUUUGAUUCUAUGCCAUAACAGAAUCCAAGAACUGGAUAUCAAGACCUUUGAAUUCAACAAGGAGUUAAAAUAUUUAGAUUUGUCUUACAACAAACUGAAGAUUGUAACUUGGUAUUCGCUGGCAGGUCUCAGAUAUUUAGAUCUUUCUUUCAAUGACUUUGACACCAUGCCUAUCUCUGAGGAGACUGGCAACAUGUCACACCUGGAAGUCCUAGGUUUGAGUGGAGCAAAAAUACAAAAAUCGGACUUCCAGAAAAUUGCUCAUUUGCAUCUAAAGACUGUCUUCUUAGGAUUGAGAACUCUUUCUUAUUAUGAAGAAGGCAGCCUGCCCAUCUUAAACAUAACAAAACUUCACAUUGUUUUACCAAUGAACAUUAAUUUCUGGGUUCUUUUGCAUGAUGGACUCAAGACUUCAAAAAUAUUAGAAAUGACAAAUGUAGAUGGCAAAAGCCAAUUUGCAAAUUAUGAAACUCAACAAAAUCUUACUUUAGAGAAUGCCAAGACAUCUAUUCUGUUACUUAAUAAAGUUGAUUUACUCUGGGACGACCUUCUCCUCAUCUUCCAAUUUGUUUGGCAUACAUCAGUGGAAUAUUUCUACAUUCAAAAUAUGACUUUUGGAGGUAAGGUUUAUCUUGACCACAAUUCAUUUGACUACUCAAAUACUGUAAUGAGAACUAUAAAAUUGGAGCAUGUACAUUUUCGAAUUUUUUAUAUUCCACAGGAGAAAGUCUACUUGCUUUUUACGAAGAUGGAUAUAGAAAACUUGACAAUAUCAGAUGCACAAAUGCCACACAUGCUGUUCCCUAUGUAUCCUACAAGAUUCCAAUAUUUAAAUUUUGCUAAUAAUAUCUUAACAGAUGACCUGUUUAAAAAACCUAUCCAAUUGCCUCGUUUGAAAACUCUCAUUUUGAAGGGCAAUAAAUUGGAGACACUUUCCUUAGUGAGUUGCUUUGCUAACAACACAACCUUAAAGCACUUAGAUCUGAGCCAAAAUCUGUUACAACAUGAAAAUGAUGAAAAUUGCUCGUGGCCAGAAACCUUGAUCACCAUGAACCUGUCAUCCAAUAAAUUUGCUGAUUCUGUUUUCAGGUGCUUGCCCAGAAGUAUUCAAAUACUUGACCUGAAUAAUAACAAAAUUCAAACUGUCCCUAAAGAGACUAUUCAUCUGAAGUCUUUGCGAGAGCUAAAUCUUGCAUUUAAUUUUCUGACUGAUCUUCCUGGGUGCAGUCAUUUCAGAAAACUCUCAGUUCUGAACAUUGAAAUGAAUUUAAUUCUCAGCCCAUCUCUGGAUUUUUUUCAGAGCUGCCAGGAAGUUAAGACUCUAAAUGCAGGAAGAAAUCCAUUCCGGUGUACUUGUGAAUUAAGAGAUUUCAUUCAGCUCGAAAAAUAUUCAGAGGGCAUGAUGGUUGGAUGGUCAGAUUCAUACAUUUGUGAGUACCCUUUGAAUCUAAAGGGGACUCAGUUAAAGGAUGUUUACCUUCCUGAACUAUCCUGUAACACAGCUCUAUUGAUUGUCAUCAUUGUGGUUAUCAUGCUCAUUCUGGGGAUGGCUUUGGCUUUCUGCUGCCUGCACUUUGAUCUGCCCUGGUAUCUCAGGAUGCUAUGUCAAUGGACACAGACAUGGCACAGGGUUAGGAAGACAACCCAAGAACAACUCAAGCGAAAUGUCCUAUUCCACGUGUUUAUUUCAUACAGCGAACCUGAUUCUGCCUGGGUGAAGCAUGAAUUGAUCCCCAAUCUAGAGAGAGAAGAUGGUUCUGUUUUAAUUUGCCUUCAUGAGGGAAACUUUGAUCCUGGCAAGAGCAUUACCGAAAAUGUCAUAAACUGUACUGAGAAAAACUGUAAGAUCAUCUUAGUUUUGUCUCCCAACUUUGUCCAGAGUGAGUGGUGCCAUUAUGAACUCUACUUUGCCCAUCACAAUCUCUUCCAUGAAAAUUCUAAUUACAUAAUUCUCGUCUUACUGGAACCCAUUCCACUCUACUGCAUUCCUACCAGGUAUCCUAACCUGAAAGCUCUCAUGGAAAAGAAAGCAUACUUGGAAUGGCCCAAGGAUAGGCGUAAAUGUAGACUUUUUUGGACAAAUCUGCGAGCUGCCAUUCAUGUUGAUUUAGAAGAAACCAGAGAGACAUGUGAACUACAGACAGUCAUAGAGCUGAAUGAAGAGGCUCAAGGUUCUGCAUCUUCUCUGAUAAGAACAGACUGCCUAUGAACCCCUCCCUUCCCCUAGGGAAGUUGAGGUCUGCACACACUGUUAGGAUAUAAAUUAAUACAACCAUUAUGAUGGCAAUUUAGCAAUAUCUAUUAAAAUGAAAAACGAUCAUUCCUGCAUGUCAGUUCCUUGGAGGAUUUCUAAGAAUGUAUCCUAUAGAAACACAAGUUUGCAAUGGUUUAUGUAAAAAAGUAUUUAUCCCAGCAUUGUUUAUAAUCACGAAAAAAUUGAAAACAGCUCAGAUGUCCACAAAAUAAAGAUUGAUUCUAUAAAUUACAGUACAUUAAUGCAAUAGAAUAUUACACAGCCACUAAAAAGAAUGAGAUAGUUCUAUAUUUACUGGUAUGAAGAAAAUUAUAUUAAUAUAUUGGUUUAUACACUUAAAUAAAAGUCUAAAGGAAUCUAUACAAGUACACUGGUGUAGUAACAGUGGUUUGGGUCUGGGAGGUUAGAUUACAGGGAGCAUUUGGUUUCUGUGUUGUAUAUUUCUAUGAUGUUGGAGUUGCUUAGAAUGAAUCUGUAUUUCUUUUGUAAGUAGAUAAAACAAUAAAGAUAAUUUUUAA